GCGCGGGGAGCGGAAGUGCCGGUCGGGUUCGGCGGCGGCAGAUUCGGUCUGCGCCCGCCGCCUCCGGGAACGGCCGCGGGGCCCGCCGCGCUGUGGGGAACGGCGGCGCUCCCGCCGCGCGGAAGCACAAGAAGAAAAACACCCACAAGAAACCCAGCCCACUGUAACUGGAAGCUUUAACUGUUUCUUGAGACCAUCGCUUCAUUUAUCGGCUGUGUGACUGUGCCUCUUCACUGCUUCCAUUGGUAGGCUUCAAAAUACUUGUUUUGUAGCAAGAAAAGAAAUUCAGUGAGGAUAGUGGCAGAAGAAUAGCAUUUGGAAUAAUGGCAACAGGAGACCUAAAUGGAAGUUUAAGAAAAAUAGAACAAGGACUUCGCUUGUUAAAUUAUCCACGAGAUGUGGAUUAUACAGUGUUAGUAAAGGGUGAUCCAGCUGCAUUUUUACCCAUCAUCAGCUAUUGUUUUACAUCUUUUUCAACUUGUAUAGCAGAGCUUUUGGUAAAGUGUGAGGUGGAACUGACAGCCAAGAGUGACUUGCGUUUUAUUGAAGCUGUUUAUAAGUUUCUUCGAGAUCAAUUUCAGUAUAAACCAAUUUUAACAAAAGAGCAGUUUCUUCAGGUUGGCUUUGCGGAAAGGAAAAUGCAAAUUGUUUGUGAUGUUAUCAACUGUGUGGUGAAGAAACAUAAGGAGUUGAGUAACUCUAGUAAGGUUAAAUCCCAAACAAGAAAAAAAAUCAGACCUCUUAAAUUUGAAGUAUGGUCAAAUUGUGGUAAAGGUCUUGCUGAUCCAAGUCGCAGUGCUCUGAAUUCCAAGCAGCACACUCAAAAGAAGCCUCUAGUCGAACGGCACUCAGGAAAUGAAGUUAGUGGUGAUCUUUGUCCACUACCCCUUCCAGAACAGGGAGGGACUGAGGAAGAAUUGUGCCCAGAUUAUGAUAUUGUGGAAGUUAAAUGUGAACAAGUCAUAGAAGAAAAUUCACAAAUUGAGUUUUUAAAGAAUCAGCUUGCAGAUUUCCAGGAAAAGCUUCAUAAGCUAGAUUGGAUGGAAGAUAAGCUACACGUUUUAGAAGAGAAACUGCAAGGAAAGGUGAUCAUAGAUGAGAAGGACUGGAAUAACUUACUGAAUCGAGUUUUGCUUCUCGAAACAGAACUGUUGUUACAAUCCAGAAAGAGAGACUUUCCUAAAGACUUCAGCAAUAUAAAUCAAAAAAGAACUUCUAGUAGCAUUCCAGUUUCCCUUGAUACAGAGAGGAAUGAGGAGAUGCCAGAGAGUCAUCUUCAGUCGUCUGGAUGCAGUUCACUGUUAUCCACAGACCAGUCUCCCAAAGACAUGACCAUUAAUUCUCAUGAUCUGUCAGACAUUUCAAAGGAGACAAUAAGACAAAGAAUGGAAAAGAUAAGUAAAAUAAUUGAAGAAACCUUCAAGUUGUUCAAAACACCAAGCCCACCUCUGGCAAUACCUGCAGGCACAGGUCUUCAGACCUGGUCUCUGCAGACUUACGGAUACCAGAAAUAAUCUGUAUGUUUGUACAGCGUUAAAUUUUUAAUAUAUCAAAUUUGUAAUGAUCAGCAGUGCUUUUAUUGCUUUGAAUAAAUACUUUACUCAUGCAUCUGUGUAUUGAUUUCCCUCCCCACGACCACAAUUUUUGGUUUUAAAGACUGUUCAAAUAGCUUCUUCCCCCCUCCUUGCACUUUUGUAAAUUGAAGUCAUUACAGCAGUGUAUUCUUGUGUUGACAUUUGUUAGCAGUGUGCUAAGUAAUAUGUUUUUUAAAGUGCGGGCUUGAGGACUGUGGUUUACAUCCUGUUGGAAACAUUCCAGCUGGAACUUGCAUAUUGCACCCAAGAGGCAUUCUUACAUACCAUCUUACCAUCUGUACUCUGGAAUAAGUCUUAAUAAAAAACUUACAUACACAGUUUCAAA